AUGGCCGAGCUGGCUCUAGCUAUUGCCGGCGUUGCUGGCACAGUCGAUGUCUGUAUCAAGUUAGGGAAAUAUCUCAUCCAGGCCUACAAGGACUAUGGCCAGGUCGACAAAUUAGCCGACGAGGUGUCGGUAAGAAUACAGAUUUGCUGGUCUCGAAUUGCCAGCCAGUUAGAGAUCAUUAAAGAACUCGAGAGUGGCAUGACCGAGGAUCAGCGAGAGCUACAGUCGCACAUAUUACGCAUCUUGCAGUCGAAGCUUGAAACUGCGACAGUUGUUAUCUCUAAACCCGAUAAGCAUGGUAGCUCGAAAAGAUACAAGGCUCUGCAUUUCCUUAAUCUCCGAGAAACCCUCGAAAGCACCGUUGCCGAUCUUGAGUCCUGGCAAAAGCGGUUCGAGCCAUCGUGGUUCCAAAUUAUUAAAACCGGCCCUGCUAACACCGAAAAUGUGUUGAAAAGCGUUACUAGAACCAGCACACGAGGUGGAGGGGAGCCAGCUCGCGAGGGCUUGAAGUUCCGCGAGGCUUUCAACAAUAGCGAGACUGUAAAGCUUGCAGAAAAGGUACUCGAGAACCUUGUAACCCAAGCGAUCCCGUAUUUUGCGCUGAGGGAUGCUCGAGAGCUUGCAUCACGCCUUCGAGACUCGGACCCUUCCACGUUCGGAACCUUGAAAUGCAAAGGAGUUGUUCAAGUCACCAAGGCGCCUUUGUUAAAAUUUGUUUUCAGUGUCCCAGAAGGGUAUACCAGGGUCCGCAGCUGCAGGGAACUUCUCCUCUCUGGCAUUGUGCCUGAUUCACUGACAACGAGACUCAAUAUCGCGCGGCAGCUUGUCACAGCAGUUUACUACGUACACCUUUACGAAUUCGUACACAAGAACAUCACGCCGGAGAAAAUACUCAUUCUAGAGUGUCCAAGCAAAGAGAAGGAGUGUAUGCUUGUAUGUCUAGCUGGGUUUCAGCUUUUCCGAUAUGCCGACUCGCCGACAAACAGUUCCAAGGCCGAGAAACGAAGUGCAGUAUAUCAGCAUCCUACUCGAACUGGGGGCAAGACUGUGAAGUAUGUCAUGCAUCAUGACAUAUACAGUCUUGGUGUUUGUCUUUUGGAAAUUGGCCUCUGGCGAUCGCUUGUUGAAUAUGAUGGUGCUACUACCAGUUUAUCCCCAGUGUUUCCUAAUAGCCGGGGUUGUCUCUCGGAGCUAGAUUCACAGGCCAUCAAAGAGCAGUUGAUGCUCCUCAGUCGUACCGAACUGAGAAUGUGUAUGGGUGAUAUAUAUAGUACGGUGGUUGAGACGUGCUUGACGUGUCUGGACGAGGGCAAUACAGGCUUCGGCGACCCCCAAGACUUUGAUAAUGGGGGAGGAGUCGAGGUUGGGUCGCAAUAUGUCGAAAGUAUCAUGGAUCGAAUGGGCGCGCUUUGUUUUUAA